GAGGAGAGUGUGCGCGUCUUUGUGGCUCCCUCUGCAAUCGCAAUUCAGAUUGAGAGGAGGGGGGGGCGAGAGAGAAAUAUCUCUUCCCCCACGCAGAUAUUUGUGUUAUUGUAAAAACUGUUGGAAAUGCGAAGGUGUUUGGAGCGGAGUCGGGCUGCUGCUGCCGCUGCCGCCGCCGCCUGCUCGGCUGCCUGCGCGCAGGGGAAGAGGAGAGCGGGCGAGACAGCUCCUUAGUUGAAAGGGGGGCAGCGAAGGGAUCUCCGCGAAGCAAAGAUCCGAGCCGCCUGGGAGAUCUCGGAGCAGGUGGAUCGAGCGAGAGCAGGAUGGAUCCCGCGCCCUUCCCGGGGGGCGCCCACCUCAACCCCCUCCCGCCUGGCUCGCCGGGUCGAGCCCACCGCUCUCACCGCCCACUCUUUUUCUGCCUUUCCGGCGCCAGCCUGCUGAGCUUCACCAGCCCCCUUACCUACUCGCCCCCCCCGCCAGCGCUUCCCCCGGGAGACGGCCGUCCCUUUUGGGCUUCUUGCCAAGGGGCGGAGGAGGGGGGAGGCGGCUGCCCGGGCCCUGAUCUGCCCCCUCCCGCCACCUAACACCCCCCAGACCUUGCCUGCGUCUCAUCCUAAACCUGAUCGGCGAUGGUUUGGGAGAAAGGGACUCUCGGUCCCUCUUUUUUUCCUGAUUGCUCCUCUUUUCUCCCCCUUCCCCAGCUAAAUUCUGCUUAAUUUCAUUUUGGCUGCGUGCUCCGCAGACGUAGCCCUGGCUAAGCAGUCGGAGCCGCGUGUGUGCUUGGAGUCUGUUUGAGGGUGGCUUUUCCCCCCUCUCCCUCUCUCUCUCUCCUUCCUCCUCUUUUCCUUCUUCUCCCCCUUCUUCUUGUUCUCUUGCAGGGUACAAUGUUAAAAAGCCACCGCUAGUCGCCCCCAGUGCUCCUACUCUCUAGGUCUUUUUUGUCUCUAGUGCAGAUUAAACGUCACGUCCGCACUUGAACUUGAAUUUUAUCCCAUUGUACGGAGGCAGACCCAGCCAUAGAGAGACAGAGCGCUCCCAGGGAACCAGGACUCCGCCAUCUUCACAUUGCAAUAUAUCUCCUUAGUAAUAGCCAGCACUAACCCAGAAGCACUGGGGGGCUUCCUUCCUAGCAAGACCCUGUGCCAAGCGAGGGGAGGAGGGGGGUGAAGCCAGUGGCAAAGUGGUGCGAGCAAAGCAAAGCAAAAAAUAUUAAUAUUAUACAACAACAAAAAACCAACCCAGUGGCACUUGAACUGGCAAAGAGGAGACACAGUUUGGGCUACCCCCUUUUUCUUUUUUUUUUUUUGAAAAAAGAGACAAGAAAGCGAGAGAGAAAGAAUUCUAAUUAACCCAGCAAGGGUAAUUUUUUCCUGCAUUUUUCUCUGCGUGUGGGGAAAUUCCAAUUUUUCUACUUUUGUGCGAGCGUGUGUGUAUGUAAUCCAUUUUUUUCUUUUUUAAAAAGAUUCCUCCUGGUGGAAGAAGUGCACUUUGCUUCUCUCCCCCCCCCUCUGCUCUCUUGUUUUUCUUUUUCUCCCCCCCGCCUCCAAAGCACUCUGGAAAAAUUAAAAAAAAAAGUGUCAGCGCUUGGUGAGGGGGGGUGGGAAACCAUCCUUCUCUCCUGAAGUUCAAGAAAAGACCUGGAAGCGGUGAAAAGGAAAAAAACCAACCAACCAAACAAAACAGUUGUCUUGCGAAAACAAAAACCAAGGCUUCCCCACUCUUCCGAUGAUGAUUUUUUAAUUGAAGGAAGAAUCUCAUCUUGAGUGCUCCAAAGGGGGGGUGGAACUGUUCCCCCCUCUUCUUCUUCUUUUUUUUAAGAAGAAAAGUACCAAGAAGAAAAUAGAAGACCGGGAGGAAGAAGAAGAUCGCUCCCCACCACCACCACCUCCAACCCGAUCCCCCCCUACCCAAGUCCAGCUCUCCGGGCGAUGACCGUGUAAAUGCCAGGGCAAUGUCCCGUCGCAAGCAGGGGAACCCGCAGCACUUAUCACAAAGGGAAAUUAUCACGCCAGAGGCUGACCAUGUGGAAACCGCCAUUGCCCACGAGGAUGAGACCCUAGCGAUAGGAGAUCCGGUUGGGCUCGGCCUUGCGACGGGUGGAGCAGACCCCGACCUAUUAACCUGUGGACAGUGUCAGAUGAACUUCCCCCUGGGAGACAUCUUGGUUUUUAUAGAGCACAAGAGGAAGCAGUGCAAUGGCAUUGGUGGUUCCUGCUACGAGAAGAACCUGGAUAAGAGCAGCCCUCCCCCAUCAUCACGCUCCGAGCUCAGGAAAGUCUCAGAGCCGGUGGAAAUCGGGAUCCAAGUCACGCCCGACGAAGAAGACCGUCUUCUCACGCCUAAAGGAAUUUGCCCCAAGCUGGAGAACGUUGCAGGGCCGUCCAGGCCUGCAAAGCUGCCGGCGGCCUCCAUAACUGCCUCCUCCCACCCUCACACAUCGGUGAUCGCAACACCACCUCUCCACCGUGCUCUGACCUCAUUCCCGCCCUGCCUAAGCCUGCCCUGCUGCGGGGAGCGCGCAGUCUCAGUUGGCGGGUCUCAGACUGAGACUGGCACAUUUGGAUGUCAUUGUCAGUUGUCAGGUAAAGAUGAGCCUUCAAGCUAUAUUUGCACAACAUGCAAGCACCCUUUUAACAGCGCUUGGUUCUUGCUUCAGCAUGCCCAGAACACACAUGGAUUCCGCAUCUACCUGGAAACAAGCCCUUCAAACAGCUCCCUUACUCCACGCAUCACCAUCCCUCCUCCUCUGGGACCCGAGACUGUUGCACAGUCCCCGCUGAUGAAUUUCCUUGGUGACAACAACCCUUUUAGUCUCUUGCGAAUGACCGGUCCCAUCCUGCGCGAUCACCCUGGCUUUGGCGAAGGCCGGCUCCCCAACACGCCUCCCCUCUUCAGCCCGCCGCCUCGCCAUCACCUGGAUCCGCAUCGCCUUAGUGCCGAAGAAAUGGGGUUAGUUGCCCAGCAUCCCAGUGCCUUUGACAGAGUCAUGCGUUUAAACCCCAUGGCAAUUGAGUCGCCAGCGAUGGAUUUCUCCAGAAGGCUUCGAGAACUGGCAGGGAACAACUCCACCCCUCCGCCAGUUUCUCCCAACCGCAACAACCCUAUGCAUCGCUUGUUGAAUCCUUUCCAGCCAAGCCCUAAAUCUCCUUUUUUGAGCACCCCGCCAUUGCCGCCGAUGCCCCCGAGCAGCACUACGCCUCCCCAGCCUCAGGCUAAGAGCAAGUCCUGUGAAUUUUGCGGGAAAACGUUCAAGUUCCAGAGCAAUCUCAUCGUCCACCGGCGCAGCCACACAGGAGAGAAGCCCUACAAAUGCCAGCUCUGCGACCAUGCCUGUUCUCAAGCUAGCAAGCUAAAACGCCAUAUGAAAACGCAUAUGCACAAAGCUGGGUCCAUGACAGGGAGGUCGGAUGACGGAUUGUCUGCCACAAGCUCCCCUGAGCCCGGCACAAGUGAGCUCACUGGGGAGGGACUAAAGUCUAGUGAGGCAGACUUCAGGAACGAGAGCGAUCCUUCUCUAGGCCACGACAAUGAAGAAGAGGAAGAAGAGGAGGAGGAGGAAGAAGAGCUGGAAAACGAAAGUAGGCCCGAGUCCAGCUUCAGCAUGGACUCGGAGCUGAGCCGUAACCGAGAGAACGGUUCCAAAUCGCUGCCAGAUGAAAAAUCCCUCGUCCUAGGGAAAGUGAUAGAGAAUGUUAGCCUUGGUACCAUCCAGCAAUACAGCGACAUGUUGGCUGAGAAGCAGAAAAGGAGCGGCUUCAUGAAGAGGUCCUCUGACCAGCGAGACCUCUGCCCCCGAGACCUUUGCCAGAGAGACACCGGCGACGAAGACUCGGUAGCUGGAGAACUUGACCGUACUGAGGAGGGGACAGUCAACGGGAGGAACUUUGGUCCCGGAGAGCCUUUCCCUGGCCUGUUCCCUCGCAAGCCCACCCCCAUCACAAGCCCCAGUUUAAACAACUCCUCGAAAAGGAUAAAGAUAGAGAAAGAUUUGGACUUGCCACCAGCAACAAUAAUCCCUUCUGAAAAUGUUUACUCGCAGUGGCUGGUGGGGUACGCAGCGUCGAGGCACUUCAUGAAAGAUCCAUUUCUUGGGUUCACAGACUCCCGACAAUCCCCCUUCGCCACCUCUUCUGAGCAUUCCUCCGAGAACGGAAGCCUGCGUUUCUCCACCCCUCCAGGGGAUAUGCUGGACGGCGGUCUCUCAGGGCGCAGCGGGACGGCGAGCGGAGGCAGCACGCCCCACAUCAGCGGACCUGGCCCCGGCCGACCCAGUUCCAAGGAAGGACGGCGGAGCGACACGUGCGAGUACUGUGGCAAGGUCUUUAAGAACUGCAGUAACUUAACGGUGCAUCGGCGGAGCCACACGGGAGAGCGGCCUUACAAAUGUGAGCUCUGCAACUAUGCAUGCGCCCAGAGCAGUAAGCUGACGCGUCAUAUGAAAACACAUGGCCAGAUAGGGAAGGAGGUCUACCGCUGCGACAUUUGUCAGAUGCCCUUCAGUGUUUACAGCACCCUGGAGAAACACAUGAAAAAGUGGCAUGGCGAACACUUGCUGACAAAUGAUGUCAAAAUUGAGCAGGCAGAAAGAAGCUAAGGCCCCCGCUGGGUUUAAAAAAAAAAUAUCAGGGGUCUAGGUAACAUUUAAAUUGUACAGUUUUAACUAUUGCCAACUGAGAAAAGCUGACCUAACUUGCCUCCAUAUACAUAAUUUAGCAUAACUAUGGCAGGUGCCAGAAUUUGGCACUUAAAUAUAACCUGUGUCUACAAAGUUCUAUUAAACCUGAGGAUUGGUUAAGGCAGUAAAAAUUGUGAAGCCUUUUAACUGUGCAAUAAUUUCUGUAUUUAUUGGGUUAUUUUGUAUUUUUUAAUAUUUUUUUUGGCAUGUGCAGGUAUUUUUUUUUAAUACUUUCCCCUCCUGUUUUAGAUUUCCUUUAAAAUUUUGUUGAGUAUCCCAUUCUAAUUUUCCCCACUAGUAACCUGAGAUUAUUUGCAUUACAGGGGGAGAUACAUAUCAAUUUAAAUUAUAAUUUUAUAGGGCCGCUGCUUUGUUGAAUCUUAUGCUAAGCAUGUGUAAUUUCUUGUGAAGAAGCCAGCAUUUUAAAUAAUAAUUUUCUUCUCUCUCUUAUUAUUAUUUUUUACCCCCCCCCCGGCUUUUCUUUGAGAAAGAAAGAAAAAGGAAAUCAUUUGAAAAUUAGGAAAUAUAAAAUAGUACCGCGGAUAACAAUCUUAAAAAUAGUAGCACUUUCUUUUGGAUUUGGAUCUAAUAUGUAGCACUGGUGAUGCCACUAAAAAUAGAGGCCUUUACAUUUUUUUUUGUAAAAAAAAUAAAAUCCCAGACUUCCACAGUAGAAGUUAUGAAAGCUAAAAAGAAAUAGGCAAAUUUGUUCCCACCCCCCUUAAAGGCAGCUAUAUUUAUAAGAGCAAUAGCAAGAGUUGUGCAUUAUUAGUAUGGAAUUCGUUCCGUUUACUAAUGACUUACUUUCACCUUUCUGCCAUCUUCUUUAACUUCAUUACAUAAAGGGAAUGCAAGAGCCCUGACAGCUAGCAGCAUGUGCAAAUUUUAGAAAGCAUGGAGAAAGAAAAGGAACCUUGCUUGUCGCCCCCCCUCCCCGCCCCAUGUUACUUGCUAUUCUGGCCUUAAACUUUACGCACACAAUAAUUGAAGUUAUCACUUGACGACCUGAAUACAUGAUAAUGGCUGCAACAGACCAUUCUGUAGCAAAUACACCAGUGCCCCUUUUGGGGGACCGAGUUUGCCACCCUAACCCCAUGUUAGCUGGGAGUAAGCCCCACUGAAUUCAGCAGGACCUACUUCUGUGUAGACACAGUUAGGAUUGCACUCACUGCAAACGUGGUUUCGUACCGAACCUCAGUUUGUGUAGUAAGUGCACAUGUGUGGGCAUGUGUGUGAACGCAGGGACAUGAGCGUGCACACACUAUGGCUAAAGUAAUUGUUUUGAUUAGGACUGGUGAAUCAAAUUACCUGAUGAAUCACAUGAAACCUGCAUGCUUCUUCAUAUGGCUAAAACAGUUGCUCUGAAGAAGAAAGCCCAUGAUUUUUUUGGGUGGUACAUAGAUGCAUCACAGCGGGUGCCCAUUAGAAGUGGCAUUCCCUCCUCUGUAUGCUUUGCAUACAAAAGGUUCCAGGUUCAAUCCCUGGUGUCUCCAGAGAGGGCUGGUCUGAAGCCUUGGAGAGCUGUUGUCAAUCAUUAUAGACCAUGCUGAGCUCAAGGGACGACAUCUUCUAAUAAGGGCAGCCUUUCCCCCCUUUUCCUAUUUAGAAGUGCUCUCCACUGCUUUUUUCCUGGUCACAACCGUAGGAACACUUACCUGGGAGUAAGCCUCAUUGAAGGCAGUGACUUAUUCCUGAAUUUGACCUGCGCUGCGCAUAUAUUAAAGAGGGGGAUUUAAUCUAACCAAUUCAUUGAUUAAAGGUUGACAUAUUGUCAUAUGAUCAGUUUUCUCAGGGUGUAUUAUCUAUCACAUCAGGCAAUUACCCGUCACAUUAGGCAAUUAUACAACAAUGGGAGAUGUUAAUCCUUGUUGACACACAUUAAGCAGGGCACAUAAACUUGCAUAAGAACUUUCGCUGUGUGAACUUGAAAGAGCCCCAGUUUACUCCCAACAGCCUUUGGUAAGGAAGAGUAACAACAUCUUAACCCUUGCGUCCUUCCUUGUCUCCCUCUGUUGGAUGCCGACUGCUUAGCUAGCGAACAAAAUAAUAAACUUUUACCAAGCUGACCCCUACGGAGAGUUCCGGCCAUAUUUUGUCUGUUGUAGCAAAACAACUGAGAUUCCUGUGCCACCAUAAAUGUAAGAUAUAUGUUUGGCUUCAAGGUGCUAGAAGACUCAAGUUUCUACAUCAACAGGAUGUAUAGAAACCCAGUUUAAAAUAAUGAUGUCGGGUCCAAAUUCCCACCACAAAUGGGACCAGCCACACAUAAGCCCAUCCCAAGCAACCCAUAAAAUCCACACCCCAGUGCCCCAUUAAGCAGUAAGUAAAUGGAAGUGAUUCCUGAAGAGCAGAUAGCUCUAGAUGACUCAGCUAAGUGACCCUAGGCUUGUUGGUCAUUGGGACCUGAUGGGAACUCCUUCCCUACUCCAGAUACCAGGUAUUUUAGCCCCCUGGGCUACGAUGUUCCUGAAAACAGUUCCCAGCACCAUGGCAACACCCAACUCCCAAUAUUUAUUUGAGCAACUCAUGGGUUUACAUUACAUUACUCAUGCUCCAUGUUUUUAUUUUAUUAUUUAUUGAAUUGAUAUACCACCCUACACCCGCAGGUCUCAAGGUGGUUCACAGAAUAAAAUCAGAAUAUAAAACCACAAAGUACAUAAUCAAAAUAAAAACGACAACAACCCAAUAACGCCACCCCCUUGAUUGUAAUAUGGAGCUAUAAAUAGGAGGGCCGAACUUGCUGCUCCAAUCAUCAUGUCCCCUGCUGGCUGAAUCCCUUCUCCGCCAUCUAUAAACUGGGGAAAUACCUUUAGAAGUGAGCAUAUUCUACACACCCAGUUUCACUUGAUCAUCUUGAGUUCUAAAACAUGGGACAGUCGCGGCAUGUGGUGUAGGAUCCCCUGUACAGACAUUCCCACCGCCUCCCCCAGCACAUGGACAUAGAGAGGCAGAGACCUAAUGUGGAUGUAAGAUUGACCCAUUCUGUUCCCACGGUCACAGCCAUGUGGAUGAUAACUUCCGAAUAGGGCUAAUCUUUUACAUGCGUUUGUCUCUAAAAUGUCAGCUGAUUUAAAAAUGAGAGUACUUGUUCCCUAAUUUUGACGCGUCUGAUAUUCAAGAAAUAUUCAAUAUUCAAGUACUAUAACGCUCCCAUGGUGGCCGUACUGUUUCUAAAGGCAAGACCAGUGCAGACCACCAGCUACUUCUGGUGGUCCACCACUGGUGUUUGCCUCGGGUCUGAAGAUGGCAAUUCUCAUGCACCAGACCUCCCAGGUCAAGUUGGCUUGGUGAAUCACCGCUUGUACACUCUGUUUCACAUUCAGUAUACCACGCAGAGACAAAUACACAAGGUUGCUCACCACAAUUAUGGAAAUGCUUCUAAGGAAUAUCUGUACUUAAGACUGAGAUCUGAAUAAAACACACACACACACUCCUGCAUAUUUGCGCACCCCAUGACACCAAUUUGUGCAAUAUUGUACAAAUACGAUUUGCUUACUUCACAGUGGUUUCCUUACACAGUGGUUUCCUUCCUGGCUUUUGCCUAAGACUUCUGUAUAAACCGUGCUCUCUAGCAAAAAGCAACAGUUAUAGUUACAGCUGUUAUUCAAGAGCCGACUGCUAGCCUAGACUGCGAGGCAUUUUGCCAGGGAAAUGAAAAUAUUGUCUCGUAUAAUGCACAAUUAUGUUAUUGUAAAGUAAAUAGGCCAAAUGCUCCCUUUUAGAAUAGUGCCAUUAAAGUAACGUGUAAGUAUUGACGAAGCGUCUCUAUAGUCAAGGUUUUGAGGGUUGCAACCUUUUAAAGGAUACUGAAAUAAAAAGGUGCGUAAAUUAAAAACUCCCUACAUUUGGAAGUGCACGAUUUGAGUUCCAUAAAGCAGGUUUGUUUUGUUUCUGGUUUUGUUUUGUUUUUUAAAAAAACACCUUCAUUAUUCAUUGAAUUAUAAAAACUAAAUUAAAAGCCGUGACGUCCCGUUUUUCUAUGGAUAGAUUUUUGGGUAAUUUAGCACUGGGGAAGGAUCCAUAAUUGUAAACCAAUUUGCCCACAGUCUUAAACUCCAGUCACACACUGUACUUCGUUUAGGGUUACUGGAUGUGCUUUGUUUAUGCUAAAUCUCAUAUUCCAGUAGGUAAUAUCUCACAUAGAACAGAAAAUAAGGACCCUCACUGGGAACACUAAAAGCCCUUUGGAAGUUACUGUAGGUGCCAGAUCAGUCCUAUUUGAAGCUCUUGGCUCAGCCUUUUCAUUCUGAACUUUCUUAAGGCAAAUGAUUAGAUUAAUCCCUUGAUGGGGACAAUGAGGUCAGGGGGAAGGCACCUACAGACCUAUAGCUUGGUGUAUUUGUUUGGUUGAAAGAGUAGGAACCCAUUUAGGCAAAAAUAUUAAAUAACCUGCUCUUCUCUUCUCUUCUGUUUUUUUAAAAUCAUUUUCAAGUGUGGCUAUCCGGGGAAGAUAGACAGUUACCAGAGGAGACUCAGCCUCCUUUAUGCCUUUUACCUGCUCACAAGUCAGAUUUUGUAUGUUGCCUUGACCGCAGAAUCUAAGUUGCAUUUUUCUUUACUUGGUGUUGUGUUGUUUGACAGGGCUGUGGAAUAAUGGGACUCUUGGUGGGCUUUUGGCUUCCGUAUGCAUCUCUCUCAUGUGAGCAUUCCACCACAUGUGUCCAUAUGCCUCAUAAACUUCCUUUUUCUUUUAAUAUCCCAGAUCAGAAUAGGUGCCCUCAUCCAAAUUGCCCAUCUUUCUUUUGUGCAUUGGGUAGACUCAUAUAUAUAUAUCUCCCCAUCCUACUUGACCUAGGGAGGUUUUCUAGGGUAUAAUUUGGAUUCCCCUGAGUUAGUCUGUCAAGACAGUGAACAAUGUAAAAGUUACACAUUUUGAUUCUGUUGACCCGCACUUUAAAGCUUUUUGUUCGCAUUCAAAACCAGCGGCUUCUGAACAAGAAAUUACAACAGCUUUGUCUUUGCUUGGCCCAGAGGUGGGUGAAACUAUUAAGGGGGACAUCUGAGAUUAAGUGUCAGUGUUGCUAAGCGUGGCAUUCACAAUACUGGCACUAUAAAGAAAAUAAUAAUAACUUAUUGGACAGUUUUUCUACUGCCAUUCAAUUUGAUGUGAGUGCCUUGAAAACUGAUCUUCCUAUUUGAGUCUCUUGAGACAAAUGCAAACAUUUUUGUGAAAUGAAAAGACUUUUAAAAAAAUCGGUAGAACAAGAAAAGUACGUUCUUUUAGGGUUAAAACAAAACAAAACAAAACAAAAGAGCCACAUUUACUUAAAAAAAAAAAAAUCCUGGUUGAAGAUAGUGGACAUGAAAAUGCCAUAAGACCCAAUCAAAUGAAGAUGUAUAUCCAGCACAACUUCGGACAUCAAUUUGCUGAAUUGUUCUCAGCCUCUCUCUUUUUUUUCAGGACAACGCUGCUUAGGAAAUGGAAUGGAAAUGAUUUACUGCUGAAUUAAAACUCAAAUGACACAAAUUGCAAGUUGUUAUCAUUGAAUGAAAAAAAAUUCAGGAACAACGGCUAAUUUUUUUAAAAGUUAAAUUUAGUGCACUCUGUCUUAAAAUACGUUUACAGUAUUGAAUACAUACAAGGGUAAAAAAAAAUUGUGUGUAUGUGUGUUUGAGCAAUCUCUCUUCUUCUUUUUUUCAAAGUUUGCUUAAUAGGUUAUUAAAAAUGCCAUAAUGGCCAUGUGUAUAUUGUUUUCUUUUGGUGACGGGGUUUUAGUAUAUAUUAUAUAUAUUAAAAUUUCUUGAUUACUGUAAAAGUGGACCAGUAUUUGUAAUAAUGGAGAAUGCCUGGGCAUUUUACAAAACCAGAAAGAAAAAAAAAACUUUUCUCUUUUUUCCUUGAAAAUGUUGCAGUAAAAUUUAAAUGGUGGGUCUAUAAAUUUGUUCUUGUCACUGUAACUGUAAAGUCUGAGUUUUAGUAAUUUUUUUUUUCUGCCUUGGGUGUUGAAUUUUUAUUUCAAGAAAAAAAUGUAUAGAAACUUGUAUUUGGGGAUUAAAAGGUGACUGCUACACCAUGUAGAAAAAGUAUGUAGGAAAAAAGUGCUUAAUAUUGUUAUUGCUUUGCAGAUUAAAAAAAAAAAAAUCACAUUUCUGACCUGUACCUAUUUUUAUCUCUCUCCCCCCCCCUUCCCCUGCCCCUAUAUCCCCCUCUUCUGGAAUGGAUAUUGAUAUUGGUUAAUUCAUAUAAUGUAGGCACUUGCUGUAUUUUUACUGGAACUUGUAAUUUUUUAACUGUACGCUUGUCCUUUUAAAGGGAUUUAAUGUACUUUUUUGUUAGUGAAUUUGGAAAUAAAAAUAAAAACAAACAAACAGGCUGCCAUAAUAUAUUUUUUUAAUUUGGCAGGAUAAAAUAGUGCAAAAAAAGAAAAAGAAAUAAUAAUUGUAUGUCAAGACCUUAUUGUACAGAAGAAGGAAAACAAAUAAAAAUAAAAGGGUUGUUUAACGACCUGUUGAGUAAAAGAAACAAAACAAUUAUUAUUUUUAAUUAUGUGGUUUUGGGGGUUCCUUUUUGUUCUUCGGAAGGCGCGGGGUGUCAGGUUUUGUUUCGUUUAUGAGUUCUGUUCGCAAUUUUAGUUGUGUGUAUGUAUAUGUAUUUUUUUUUCUGUCACAAAUGGCCUACAAAAAAAGAAAAGAAAAGAAAAGAAAGGAAGAAGCACUGUUCAUACAGGGCAGUAAUGACUUUGAAACUGCCUGGACCCCUUGUAUCAAGGCCUUUCCAGGUAGAGUUGAACUAGGAUGGAUGGCUGUUGCCUGUUAUUGUUAAAUGAAACUCAGUUUUUGUGAAGAUGUUUGACGUAACAUUCCACAGAUGCCCCCCGCUUUUUUUUAGAGUCGGGGAAGCGGCUUUUGCCUGGCACACAUAGACUUUCCGGCCCCAGUCCAUAAAACGGCACGGUGUGUGUGCUUAAGAUACCCAGUGCUACUGGUUUUGACAUCACUGGCACCUACCGUGGGAUGAAGGGCCAUGUAUGCAGUCAGGGUACCCACCAUCACUGGAUAGGCACUGUUAAUCCUCACUGCACCAACUAUCUGCCAGGGCCAUGUGCAUCUGGACUUUCACCCAAUUGAUCCUGCAAGGGUGUGGGGCCUGAUCCCAGAGCCCUUGCCGGAUCAGGGCACCCAUCCAUUACCACCUCUUCAUAGCCUUCAUCUGAAGCGAUUUGAAAAGAGGUAGGGGGAAGGAAGGGAGACCAAACACUCUGUUGGUGCAACUGUGAAUUGGGGCGGAGUGAAAAAUUUGGCCUGGGCACAUCCCACUUCUAUCCCACCUUCCCUCUCCAUGCCCCAAUCCCUGUCAGAACAGGACCAUGUACAGGUUUUGCCAGUCUGCUCUUUUGUCUGCUUUCGUUGCUGUUGACUCCUAAUUGUACAUUCCAUAAAUUUCUUAAAUAUCUGAAGGACUGGGAUGAAAUUCUGUGCCUUUAGGUUGACAAACACUCCUCCCCAGGAUUGCUUUGUUAAGUCCCAAUAAUUAGGAUUAUGCCAUGAGUUGAGCGUUAUUUUUUAAUCUUUAUUUUGUUUCUGCUGUUUCAGGUUUUUUUAAAAAACAACAACAUUUUUGGGGGGGUGACGGGGCAAGGCACCAUGCUAGGGACUAUUUUAAGGUACGGGAGAGCAAACGCGAGGAGCCAUUAGCAGUGUGUGAAGAAAUAGCAGUGGGGGGGAGGGGGGAACACACGUGAUUAUGAAGUCACAGAGCCAUCACAAUGCCAAGGGCACGUUGGGUUGUAGAACUGGCCUAGCCAUUCCUCUUUCCAGCUCUUCAGAAUUAGGGAUAAGGUUACGCUAAGACCUUGUUGUGGAGCAACCUUAUAUAUGAACACCAGAGAACCUGGAAAAGCCAUCUUCUUACAGAAAUAUUUCAUAGUAUCCUACGACACGCACACUCCUUCCCCUACUCUGGAGUACAUCCUGGAGUAUUCUUCAGAGAUAUUUUUGGUGAAAACCAGGCAUAGGGUAUUUUAUAUAUAUAUAUCCCUAGGUGCCUUGCUUUCUCCGAAACUAAAUCCACAGCGAAGUGAAUUCAGAUUUCAUUUUGCCACUGUGAGCACGACACUUUUCAUCCUGGAUGAACUCAGAUUUAAACCACCAGCAGCUGUCCUAUUAUGUGUCUUGAAUCAAUGAGAAACCAACACACAAGCACAAACAUUGUGUUUCGUGAAACCACGGUGACCCCACCUCCUCCUCCUCCUCACUGCUUUUAAGAAUCCCUGCUUCACAAGGCCGUGAGCACAAUAUGGCCGACAUGCCACGGGUAUCUCUUCUGUCGUGAUUAUUUUUUACACUGCUAAUAUCAGCAACGUUAACAGUGUUAAGUCACAAUUAUCCCAUGCAGCACACCCCUGCUCCGCUAAAAAUUGAUGCACAAAGAGCAUUUCUGGAGCAACAGCCCUCCUCUUUUUUAGAAUGUGGACGUUCAAAAUAGAGCCUUGCACUUCAGCAUUUCAUCCUAGUCCUGAUUAAAUACAGUCCAAGGGUGGUUUUUUGUUUUUCACAGGCAAACUCAUUUUAUGGUGCUCUUUGUAUUUUAGAACUGCAAAGCAAAAGUAACGUUGAUUUCAGUUGUUUGCAUUUGUACCGGCAAGGCAAACUAUUUUUAUUACCUUUUUCUAUUACUUAUUGUAUGAGCUUUCAUUGUUUACUUGGAGGUUUUGUCUUUUACUACAAGUUUGGAACUAUUUAUUAUUGCUUGGUAUUUGUGCUCCAUUAAAAAAGAAAAAAGAAAGGAAAGAAAGAAAGAAAGAUAGGAGCACUUUUUUUUAUUAUGGGUAAAAUGUUGAGAUGGCAGGAGGUCAUUUCAAUAUCACUUAGUGAAAUAUUUAUUGUUCCUUUUAUUCUCUGUACAAGACUCCUGACCUCUCCCCCAUCCCACCCCACUUGUCACAUUGUUGAGUUCAGCAUGUGUCUACCAUUUCAUUUGUACGCUCGUUCAAAACAACGUUUGUUCCAGUUUCAAGUUAUAAAAAAAUAAUUAAAUAAAUUGGACAUUUGACUUGA